ACAGGUCCAUUGGAUGAACCUGCCAAACGUCAGAUCAAGUACUUAAUUCAACCCUCACCCGAUGGCAGCCAUCGACCGAAGCCAGCAUUUGGUGGACCACGAGCGACUCCAUCCGGUGGCUUCUAUCCUCAUGCGCCCAAUGCUAUCAAAAUUCUGAAAAAGAAACAUUCACAAAGCUUGAGCUCGUUGACGUCCGGUGGCCUCGACCCUGAUAAAGAAGUCGAAAUUAUACAUCAAAACAGGUUCCACCGUCUUGGAGAUCCGACGCCCUCAACAGCUUCUCCUUCUGGAUGUAACGAUGUAGCGGACUGGGAGAAAAUCUAUGAUUUACCGCCACAUUCGUCAACAAUAACUCCACGAGACACGCCGCGUAACGUAGAUGUACGUGGUAAAUUGGCUGCAUUCGAGAGUGUCUCCAUGCAAGCUUCCCCAGCGAUCCAGCAACGUACGACGACUAGUGAUACACAUCGCCCUUCAACGGCAAUGCAUACAGUCGACCAUGGCUUACGCAGCCCGCAUGAUCCGGAUAUGUAUGCUGGAGAUAGUUUUCCCGAACUCCGUAGCAGUGACGUCGUUUAG